AUGAGGGCGAGGUUGUUGGAGUCCGAACUUCCAAAUGAGGCACUUGCCACCUCGCAAACCAACAAUGUUGGGCAUAACCAGGGUGUGUUCCACAAUCAAGUAUUAUGUAGAUUGAUCUUUGGACAUGUUAGUGAUAUUCACAAACGAUGGUCCAAUCUCCCAAAGCCAGACAUCACUCAACCACCCACUGCUACUGGUGAUGAUCAGGUUGUACCUCGCAUAACCAACACAAUCAAAGGUGGCAAACUGUAUGCCGAUGGUGACCUGGGCGUCAUGCUCCAAUACAACGCCACAGCAAUGUUCUUGGAGGCAUUCGAUAGAGUGGCCGACGACUACCCCGUCAACAAUGACCUGUUGUCAAGAGCCAUGAGGUUCAACAAUACUGCCGCACUCAAACGUCUUGCUGCACACCCCAACAUGGUCAUGUCAACAAAGAAUCUGUCAAGCAUCAUCUCCACAGGCAAUGUCGAGAUGCUCCAACACUACCUCGCUGCCACCCUGCAUCACUGUGUGCCGGAUGUGUCGAUCUGGAUAGGACACAAAAUCGACGACUUGGACGAGCAGAGCGUCCGACUGUUACUCAAACACAUAUCAGUGGACACCCUCGAUGGUCAUCGUGGUACGCUCUCAACACACAGCUUUGGGAAGCGUGGCAUCAGUCUUGGUGUGCUCAAGGUGUUGCACGAGGAGUUCAACUGUCUCUACUCAUUGGAUUCGCUGUGGGUCAACGCCAUGGCUCAUUGUGCCAGAUGUAAUCUUGUCGACAGCUUCAAGUACAUGGUCGACAACAUCCCAACAGGCAAUAGAAGUUCGUUCUUGGACAAUGCCGUCAAGAACAGCUUGAAGAACUGCGCUAGCAAUGGCAACAUCGAGGUAUUUGACCUCCUCUGGAGCUCAACGACCACCAAUAAGUACCUCUCGGAGAAAGAGCUCAACAACGCCAUUCGCACUGCAGCCAAGCAUGGACAACCGACGAUGGUCGACCAUCUCUUUAAGUGCCUUGCCAAGGUCACCACUGAAUCAUCAUCGAGUCGCAAACAACAAAUCCACUUAAGACAGGGUGAGGAGACACCCACCAUGGAGAUGUCGGAGGCCAUGCUCCAAGCAUCAUUGGCACAAUCGAUACACAACGACGACAUGAUCAAUGUGGAGGCACAAAUCGAUUGCAUUGGUGAGCUCCAUUCAGAGAUGUGUGUGAAGAUGUCCACUUCAAUGGCUCAACUCAUCACGACAUAUCGAUCGCCACGUCUCACAUUCAAGGGCCAGUCACUCUUCCACAUGGUCAAGGCCAUUGGUCAGCCUGGCAGCAACAUCACGCCAGAGAUAGUGUGUCAGUUCAUCGACAAUUGCGACAUACCAUCACCAGAUCAACUCAAAGAGACUUUUGAGUUGGCCGCAGACUGCUCCCUGGCAUUGCUCCAGCGCAUCCACACUCAUUUCAAUCUUCCAUACACGGACAAGUAUCUGUCGAGGGCGGUACACAGAGGUCUGCCGGAUAUUGUUAUCUAUCUGGCCAGUCAACAGACAGAUGAGGACUUUAUCUCUGAGGCAGUGUUCAAACUGAUCGCUUGGCAUCCAAUCACAAAGGACGACCUCACAUUGAUACUGGACACACUCCCAUUCGUCAAGAGCAACCCAGAGAUAUGUGCAUGGGCAGUGUGCAACCCAUCGUUCGAGGUGUUCAAACACGUGCUCUCAUUGUUCACCAACGAGCAGUUGGAGGGUACUGAUCAUCUUAAGGACCUAUUUACUCAAGCAUUGCUUGAGAACAACUCUCGGUAUCUGGAUUUCAUCCAACAACGCUUUGUCAACACCAAGUUGGAGGUGCCUGAGCUUGAUGCCCAAACAUUGAUGGAUGAGGCCAGCAAGAAUCGAUACCUUUUGAUCGAGAGGCAUCUCGACUCACAAUCAUUCACCAAGUUACCAGCCGUACAACAACAUCGAACACUUCAUUCAUUAUUAUACCAUUCCUAUCGCUUUGGUACCACUCGCAUCAUCAAACUCUGCAAAGACCGCAUCCACACACUUGAAGGAGUUAAUGUAGAACAAGUUGAUCAGGAGAUGGACAUUGAUCAAUCCAAGUUCGAUCUACUGCCUGUAGCUGCAUCACCCAAGUUGGAAUCAACACUUCACAUGGUGAUGAGUGAUGAGAAGCUUGGCAAGAUGAUCAUGACACAGAUUGGAUCGAUUCAUAACAAACUUGGCAUUGAUCACAAACAGGUGAUCACUGGCAAGCAGUUGCUUUACAAUCACAACCUGCGUGAUUACAUCAAGUAUGGCGCAACGGAAUGGUUCCUUCAAUCAUACGAUGACAAUGGCGCCAAACUCCGAUACAAUGAGACUCUGCUUCUCGAGGCCUUUGCCAGAUGUGACAUGCGUGCCCUGAACGUGCUUCUGACCGACCCUCACAUGUCCCUUAACGGCAGAUUCGACAAACACUUUGUGACCAACGUGUCGUCCUGCUCACAUCCACAAUGGGAGAGUGUGUUGGAGAAGUAUUUCCAGCAUCUGUGCCUUGAGGUUCUCGAGCCAGCCGACAUUGUCAUCACCGGAAAGGUUCUGGCACAUGUCCGCCACCCAUCAUUCCUCCGCAAGCUCAUUGAGAUGGAUGUCCAACUUAAGCCCAUUGACGACGACGGCGAGCGAAACAAAUGGAGAUGGCAGAAACCAUUGAAAAGUAGCUUCACAGCCAUUCUGGUCGAUGCGUGGCUCACCAAACAAUAUGCCGCCGAGAUGCUACAGCUGUUGUUUGAACACAAACUCCUCACGACCAGGACUUGCCGAGCACUUCUUCUCCAGGCCAUUGAGCGCAAACUGACCCCAUUGAUUGAACUGCUGGUCAGCCAAACAUUUGGUGAUGGUGGUGGUGACGCCGAUGUCGAUCGUGAUGGUGGUAGUGACGCCGAUGUCGAUGGUGAUGGUGGUGGUGACGCUGAUGUCGAUGGUGAUGGUGGUGGUGAACUCGAUGCCGAUGAAUUGAGACACUACAUCGGCUCACUAAUUGAGUCCUGUUGCAAGUUUGGCAGCGUGGAGUCAUUGGAUAUUGUCAUUGCACAUGUCCCAUCAACACAACUCGAAGCGACCUUGAGCUCGCUGAGUCGACAUUGUAAAGAAGCAGUGACCAGAGGACACUUCAACAUACUGAUACGUGCUCAAGAGUUGCUUGGCAGCACAUUCAAACCUUGGAGGUAUAUUGAGGAGGCACUCUGUGCAGGUCACAUGGACAUUGUCAACUUCAUCCUCAACUCUCCACUCCCAUCAGAGUCAUCAUCGACAAAAGGGGCAGAUGAUUAUAGGUACAGUGAUGAGAUUUGCAUCUCCAACAUCCACCACAGUAUCUUGUCAAUCGAGUUGAUUGAACGUCUGCUUUCGAUGCGACCAAUUGUCAAUGGCAGGUACAAUGAGGUGAUGGCCAGCGCCAUCAGAGCUGGCAACAAGGAGCUCAUCAACAUGAUUGAGCGCAACGAUGGCAAUGUGUACAACACCAACUAUACAGCAGCAUUGGCGACGGCACUGGAUGUCGGCGAUUUUGACACGGCCAAGAAGAUCAUCACCGAUCAUCCGCCACCCGCACCCUCAAAUAGAAUGAUGUGGUGCUGUGGCCGCUCCAGCAAGUUGGAUAUGGCCGGUAGAAAGCAUGAACUGAGUCCAAGUAUCGGCCUCUUCUGUCCAUUGAUCGAGCGAUUGGGUAUGCCCAACAGCGACGUUACCGAGAGCACAUUCAUCGAGUUGGCCAAUAUGCUGACCAAACAUCGAGGUUUGGAGCGUAUGAUGGGCUCAAAUGAGGGAGACCUCGUCAAGGCAUUGAAGAUAGCUGCUUCCAAGUCAGUAGCCACCAUCAAGUUGGUACUCUCCCACCUCACAAACUAUGAUACCAAGCCAGAUAGCUUAAAACAUUCGAUAAGUAGUGAGGUCAUCUCAGCUUUGAUUGAAGAGUGCAUCAAACAUAGUGACACAGAGUCGAUUGAGUACAUAAUCCAAAUGGCGUACAAAGUAUCAUCAAAGAAUGAUAAUCAUGAUCGUGUCCUCACAGCACUGGACGUCAUCCCAUUGAAGAUCACCAACAUACACGUGCUCACAUUCCUCAUUGACAAGCAAUACUACAAGUUGGAUGGUGAUCGCAACCAUACAUUGUCCAAACUAGUUGAUUGGGCAUGUGAGGACGGACACCUGGAGGUCAUUCGUCUCGUUCACCAACAAUGCACAACAAGCGAGCAAAUUCAGAGACAUCUACCAUCAUUGUCCACCAUCCACAAGGCAUUGGACAACAGCCAUCAUCAAGUUGUCCACUAUCUCUUUGAAGGUGAUUCAUCACCAUUCAAACAGGCAAUGAUCGAACCACAAUACCUCAUUCCCAUACUCAACAGUAUUCGUGACUAUGCCACUGAUGAUGGAAGUAUUAGAAUCAUUUCCAUGUGUGAUGGUAUCAUCUCAUCACUUGCUGCCAAGACAUUAUCACUUUAA